UGUUGUUCUUAAUUUGAUAAGAGUUAAAGAAAAAUAGGAAGAAGUUGGAAGUUUGAGCUCAAAUAUAACAAUGAACUGCUAAUAAACAAAUUUUGAUCGAUGAGAUAUAUUCGAAGUAUCCAAUGGUAACUUUUUCUUUCCUAAUCUGUCAGUAGAUAUUCAGAUUAUCCAAGGUUGCAUUACCUUGGAUAAUCUUUUGCUACAAUUGCAUCUCAUGAGAUAUAUUCAGAGUAUCCAAUGGUAACUUUUUCUUUUCUGGUGCCAGCAAAAUAAACAAAUUUUAAUCGAUGUUGUUGUCCAUGCGGUAAAUGAGGACUAUGUUGUGAUGGAAAAUGAUUUCACGAGGCUUGGUUUCCUUGCUAGUGGAACAGAUGUAUCUCCAAUUAUUCCAGCUUUAGAAGCAAUUUGGCAAAAUUCAGUGGGAAAAGGACUUUCUGACUUUAAUUUUCGGAGUGUUUCUGGCAGCUUUUCUUUUCACAGUUGUGGGCACCAUCGGUUUUCUUGGUGUGUUGGCUGGCUAGCUUCCUGGGGGAUUGCCCCAAUGACAUUAAGGAAGCAGUCUCAACUCUAUUGUUUGCUGCUGCAAGAUGUGCAGAUUUGCCUGACCUUCAAACGCUACGGAAGCUAUUUGGAGAGUGUUACGUGAAUGAUUUUGC